AAACCACAAAAAAUAAAUAAAUAAAUACAGACAGUGGCUCGUGAGACACAAAAGGGAAUUAGAGAAUAAGAUAUAAAAUAGAUAAGGACAAACAUGGAUGGGGGAGAUCGUAAGAUAAGCGUUAAGGACGAGCCAAUGGAUGAGACAGACCAGGAGAAGAUGCUGCGUGAGACCACGAAUCUGCUGCGACAAUCGGAAAAUUGUAUGUUCACAAUCCAAGUGGCGCCCGGCACAACAAUGCAUAUCAACAUAUCGCCCGAGCUGGGCCUGGAAACAGAUCGUGCGAAUCCAUUGCCAGCAGUUGCCGCCAGUUGGUGCAUCUCGACGCUGAUCAUUCACAACGGCCAGCACUAUACGAACACCAUACACAAUUUUACCGUCAGUCCCCAGCUGAUCAACAAUCUGGGCCUGGUGCGGGAGCCCACCGAUGGCAAUGUACUGCAGCAGCUGCUGAUGAGUCCGUUGGACCUGCCGCGAAAUCCAAUGCAAACGCUGUCGCCGCGCAUCGUUGCCGACGGUCGGUUCGUGCAUCCGACGGCCAUUUACCGCAUGGUCGAGCACUACUGCAACUAUGUGAUGCGCACCGCUCGGAUAUUGGAUAACGUUUUCGGCUGGGUGGUGCCACAGCAGAACUCCGAGCUGCCCGCCCUGAUGCAGGACAUACGCUUCACGAGCCAGACCUUGCAGGCGAUGCUGGAGCGGGUCCAGCGUUCGGUUCAGGCCGCUGAGCAAUAUUUUGGGCCACGUCAAUUUGCGGCUAAGCUCGAGGAUGAUAUGCAGCAGCUGGAGCACAAGACCGAUGAGGAUGACAGCAGCGAGACCGACGACGACACGGAGCACGAUGCAGAGUCGCGGAACUGUGCGCCGGAAUUUGUACGCUACGAUGACUACGAUGAUUCGCAGAUCAAGUGCGAUGCCGAUUCGACAUCGAGCGACUCUGAUAUACGUAGCUCCAUCUUCCUGGGGCCGGACUUUGAGGAGUUUCCGCAACAGUUUUGGUCGCUCACCAGCAGCGAGGACGACAACGAGGAGGAGCAGGGCGACGAGGAGAGCUGGGAGAGCGACUUCGGUGAUGAUGACUCCUUCGAUGCGUACAUGGUGCGUCAGCUACGCGCUCAUGCCAGUGGCCUGGCUACGCGUCUGAACGCCGACUGGGUGAACCUGGCCAAUGAGCCGACUCAAGCGGACGACGAUGAUGAGUGGGACAUUGGGUCGUGCGGCACGAAUGGCGACAUCGAGGACAUACGCUCGGAGCUAAGCUACAGCAGCGAGGAUCUGAACGCUUGGCAAUACACCGAGGAUCGUACGUUUGAAACGGAGCUCAGUCGUCCGUUCCGUCGGCUUGUCGGCGAUCUGCCCGCCCAGACGGCACAGGAGGAGCGCUACGCCUGGCGUCAUUCGCUUGAUCAUUUUGAAUUUCGUCGCAGCCUACGUCACAGUCCCAACUAUCGCCAAUAUCCGGACGAGUCAGUGCCGUUUUCCUUCUACAACCACUGGCGUCAGCAGGAGAAUCUGGCCACUUCCUCGGCCAGUUCGCAAAGCGAAAGUCCGGGUCGCAAUCAGGCUGGCGGUCCAUAUUCCUUCUCCUUCUAUUCAAAUGCCAUGGACAAUAUUAAUAACUCUCUGCAGCCGAACAUUUCGCAGUUGCAGGACAUCGACUUGGAUGAUCUGGAUCAGGAGCGCGAAACGACACCGGAACCAAAUUCUGAAUCAGAUAUCGAUGAACUCCACAUGGAUGUAGAUAUUGACCCCAUCGAUAUGCCGCCCGACCAACAAAUAGUUCCGCUACAAUUGUUCAUACAGCAAACGGAUGAACUGAUUGCAAAGAUUUGGGCAAAUCUGUAGAGCGCCCAAGCAGUACCGACAAAUUUUCUAAGCUAGCCUGAGACCAUCUAUCAUCCAACACUUCCUUCACUUUCCUUUCACAAAACUAUUUCCUUUUUGGUAAUUUUUGUGGGAUAAAUUUUCGAUUUUCACUUGGUUCUGAACUUGAAGGAAGGCUGAGUACAUUGACUACGUUGUUAUCAUUACACGUUAUAUUUAGAAA